AUGGUCACACAAGGCACUGUUGCUGUUGAGGAAGCAAUCAUAACUCCCUCAACGGUAUGGCUACUUGAAGAGACCAAUUCGAUUCUCAAUCCUGGUGACCACAGCAAUAAGACCCUCGAAGUCCAUGCCAAAAGGUUACUUGAUAUCCAUGGCAAGCGGCUGGCGACUAUGGAUGCCGAGGGCGUCGAGUACAUGCUUCUAUCAUUGACUGCGCCAGGAUGCCAGGGCAUCACCGACCCUCAAGUGGCGGAGAAAACUGCAAGAGAGGCCAACGAUUGGCUGGCGGCUCAAGUAUCGCAAAACCCUAAGAGAUUUGGUGGUCUGGCAGCUCUUUCCAUGCACGACCCAGAGGCCGCGGCAAGUGAACUAGAAAGGGCUGUUAAGCAACUGGGCUUCUUCGGAGGGCUGGUCAAUGACUACCAAAGCAAGCAAGAGGAUUCUGGCCGAGAUUACUACGAUACUACUAAAUACGAUCCUUUCUGGAAAAAGGUGCAAGAUUUAGAUGUGCCGAUUUACUUUCACCCACGCUACCUCGCAAAGAAGGAUAUUCAACCCGGAUCACUCUACGGGGAUCGACCGCAUCUUCAAGGGGCCGCUGUGCAGUUUCACCUGGAUCUUUCGUACCACAUUUAUGCGAUUUGUUCAUCAGGUGUUUUUGAUCAAUUUCCAGGUGCCAAAAUUGUAGUGGGGCAUCUUGGAGAGAACAUCCCCCUCAAUCUAUGGCGAGCGAGCCACUGGUAUAAUAAACCUAACAAACGGGCUACACGGCCUUCAAAGAACGACUACAAUUUCUACUUCCAGAGAAAUGUAUACAUCACAACGUCAGGAAACUUCUUCACUCCUGGCUUGAAGCUCUGCAUUGAGACAAUUGGCCUCGAUAGAUGCUUAUACGCGAUAGACACACCAUAUGAAGACAUUGAAGAAGCACAGUCGUGGUGGAAAAAUGUAGAACUGGACAACGAGGCGAAGGUCAAAGUUGGAAGGUUGAACGCUAUAAAGCUAUUUAAAUUGCCCUUAAAGCACUGA